AUGAAAACCAAGAUAUCGGCACAGGUUGUGCGCCCCGCGAAGCCUCCAACGCUCAAGCAGGGCGUGGGCUUCGCCAUCGAAAACAGUAGCAAGUACGGUGAGGGCGCGAGGUGA